AACAGAAGAAAGGAAAGUAUAGUCUCUAUCGUUUUUGAAAAAGACUAAUCGGAGGCGACCGUUGGAAGUCGACAGUUAUUCUCCCCUCCCUCCCCUAAAACCCUAAUCUCCCAUACUCUUACCAAGAUUUCAAGCCCAGAGAAGGAAAGGAAGGGCUAAAGCCCUCUCAUCUCAUUCGAGAUCAGCGCCCGCCGAUCGAAACUGACACCCUCGAUGUCGGAUUGGUAUUUCCCGCCUCGAUCGCCAAGCAAUUCAACCUUCUGUGAUCCGGGAGAUCGGUUCAUACCCACGAGAAGUUUGAUGAAUUUAGACAUUGCUCAAUGCUCGCUUAGAAGAAAGCAGGAAAGCGUCGAUCUGACAGCCGACUCAUCGCCCCCGAUUUUGACAGUGAAGGAAGAGUACAGGAGGAAGUUGGAAGAGAAUCUGAUGCUGGAUUCAGAAGGAAAGCCCUUCAAGAUGCUCGUUUUCAAGAGGAGCCCGAGAACUUGCAGAACACAAGUGCGUCUUGUGGACGAAAUGCUGCAGCAGGAUAGAGACAGAUCCAACACCGUCAAGACGUUUCGAUACCUCCCCAAGUCAGCUGAAAAGGUACUCGACGCCCCUGACCUAGUGGACGACUAUUAUUUGAAUCUCCUUGACUGGGGGCAAAAUAACAUCCUCGCUGUCGCAUUGGGAUCUGUGGUGUAUCUGUGGAAUGCUGAAAGCGGCACGGCUCAGAAACUCAUGGAAACGGUUGAGGAUGAAGCGUAUCCAACGAGUGUUGCAUGGUCGAGAGAUGGGAAAACAGUGGCGAUUGGGCUUAACGACUCCAAAAUCCUGCUAUGGGAUGCUGCAACAUCACGUCAGGUGAGAAGCUUGGAAGGGCAUCAGGCCAGAGUGGGAAGCCUUGCAUGGAACGUAAAUCUCUUAACGUCAGGGAGCCAGGACAGCACCAUUAUCAAUCAUGAUGUGAGAGACAGUUACAGAUUUGCAUCUUGUUUGCGGGGGCAUAGUGAAGAAGUGUGUGGUUUAAGAUGGUCCAGCGGAGGAAAUCUACUGGCGAGUGGCGGCAACGACAAUGUCCUUCAUGUAUGGGAAACUGCACGCAUGGCAUCAUCCAAAUGCCUGUUCAGGUUCGAAGACCAUUGUGCAGCAGUCAAGGGCCUUGCUUGGUGCCCACACCAGUCCAAUAUACUGGCCUCCGGUGGUGGCACAGCGGAUCGGUGCAUAAAGAUAUGGAAUACUCAGAUAGGACAAUGUCUCAAUAGCAUAGAUACCAAAGCACAGAUUUGUGCACUGGAAUGGAAUAGGCAUCAGAAGGAGAUUUUGAGUGCCCAUGGAUUCAGCCAAAACCAGCUCUGCUUGUGGAGAUACCCUUCUAUGUCGAAAAUCGGAGAGCUAACAGGCCAUACAUCCAGAAUCCUAAAUCUUUCCCAGAGCCCAGAUGGAUUGACUGUAGCAUCGGCUGGGGCAGAUGAGACCCUUCGCCUCUGGAAGGUGUUUGGACCACCUAAUUCCACCUCUUCAAGGGUUCAGGAUAAGGAGAGUACAAGCCCAUUGUCUGUUAAUAGAUUGCACAUACGAUGAAUCUGUGCCGUUACAAAGGUGAUGAAUCCCUGACGAGUCCCAAGAAGUCUUCAUUUUAUUAUGGAGUCAAUUUUUGUUGUGGGUGUUUGAGCGGGGUUUCAGUAAAUUUAAGGAAGUUGUCAAUAUACAUUUUUCAGAGGAAGUUGAGAAAUGUGAUACAUUGAAAUUCACGGAGUGAAAUCUCCUUCACUGUGCAGACUAAUUGUAAAACAUAAUUUGAAAAUGAAAAUGA